AUGCCGCCCCCCAGACCGAAGUCCUGGCCCUCCGGGCUGCUUAGCGACCACCCCCCCGGGGCUCCUGGGGGGCCGCUGCUGAGGGGCUCCUCCGCCUGCGACGUCUGCUCCGCCUCGGUGGAGAAGAGGAUCAGGAUGGAGCAGGUCCGAGCGCUGUGGGGCAGCUUGCUGGACUCCCUGAGCCGCUUCCAGGACUGGUUGGAGGGGGCCGAGGCGGCCACUCCACUCCCCAGCUCGGCCCACGUGCUCUACGCCGAGGCCCGGGCCCAACUCAAGCGCUGCGAGGGGCUGCAGCGGCAGGUCGGGGCGCGGCUGGCCGAACUGGAGGCGCUGAACGGGCGAUACCGGCGGCUAGUACUAGGUCGCGGGGCCGGCGAGCGGGCCCGGGCCCAGGGCCGCCUGCGGGCCCUUCUGCAGGACAGUAACCGCCGUUGGCACCUGCUGCACCAACGCGCGGCCGCCGGACACAAGCGGCUCAAGCACCUGGUGAGCCGGAGGGAGCUGUUCGACGGGGAGGAGGAAGGGGCGCGGAUGGGGCUCGCCGAACUCGCCCUGCGACUCAGUGAAGUGGAACACUUCUCGGGGGGCUCGGCCCGGCAGAAGGUGGCCCGGCUUCAGGCCUUCCGGAGCGACGUGCAGCGUGUAGCGCAGCGUGUGGACUCGGUGCUGGCGGCCGGAGAGGGGCUGAUGCAGCGCAGCGCUCCCCGGGAUGCGGUGGCCCUGGAAGAGGCUCUGCGGGCCCUCAGCGGGCAGUGCCACGCCGUGUUCGGCCGGCUGGCCCGGCUGCAGGGCAGACUCGUCAGCCACAGCCUGGUGUUCGAGGACUCGUGGCUGCCCGAGUGGGACUCGGAAGGCGAGGAGUGCGGGGCAGGCCGGGGUCCCCCCGAGGAGCUGGAGUGGGACCCGGCGGGGGACGUCGGAGGCUCAACCUCGCCCGACGACGAGGACUCGUCCUUCCACAGCGGAAAAUCGGGCCCAGAGGCCGACUGGGUUUGGGCGAGCGGGAGUCCCGGCCAGAUGGAGACGGGUACGGCGGACGCCUUCCCGACAGGGGCCGCGUCCGGCCCUACCCAGCCCACCGCCACUGCAUCACUGGGCCCGCUCCAGCACUGCCCACCCCAGGAUGGGGGUUCGGAUCCAGCCGGGCUCUCCCCGGCCCCCUUUCCAUCGCCGGUUGGGGCCGGGCCGGCCGUGGUGCGGAACCGGGGUCCCCCGGGGCUGGGCGUGGAGACGGGCCGCGUGGAAAAUUGGCUGAGGACGACCACGGCGGGAAGGCAGCGCUGCUCCCCCCCGGAAAGCCAGGCCCUGAAGAUGCAGCCCGGCUCCCGCGCCCCCGACGAGGUGGCCCUGCAGAUAGAAAUGGGCUCCGUGGCCGGACCCCCAUCGCCACCCAGACGGGGUCGGGCGGGCCCCGGGCCGGGGUUGCUCCUGCUGCUGCUCCUGCUGCUCCUAAGCGCCCUGUGGUUCCUGCUCCGGCAGCGGGGGCCCGACUGCACCCUACACCGUCCCGCCUGGACCCCCGGCCUAGUCUUGCGCUAUGUCAACGGCCCCCCUCCCACCUAG